AUGACGGCCAUCAAUUGUAUAUCAGUACGUAUCGCAACGUUCGUACAGGACUUCUUCACUGUAGCAAAGGUGUUCGCUUUAGUGCUGAUUAUUGGUACCGGAAUGGUCUUAUUGAUGACAGGAAGACCAGAAUAUCGUGAAUCAUUCGAGAACAUUUUUGAAAACAGCUCCAAAGAUUUCUCCACACUAUCCAUUGCAUUCUACUCAGGGCUAUUCGCAUAUUCCGGAUGGAAUUACUUGAACUUCAUCGUUGAAGAGCUGCAAAAUCCUAAGAGGAAUCUCCCAUUGGCGAUAGCAAUUUCGAUCUCAACCUGUACCAUAAUCUAUGUACUCACCAAUAUCGCUCUCUAUACAGCUAUUUCACCAGAUGAAAUGCUCGAAAGCCCAGCGGUAGCUGUGCUAUUCGCCAACAAACUGUUCGGUCCAUUCGCAUUCUGUAUGCCACUGUUCGUUGCCUGUUCAACCAUUGGAUCAUUGAAUGGAGUGAUUUUCACUUCUUCGAGAUUAUUCUAUGUCGGAGCUAGAGAGAAUCAGAUGCCUCUAGUACUCACGAUGAUUAACAAACACACCCGGACACCGAUUCCAGCAGUGAUAGUAACCGGAGGUUUGGCACUCGGCUACCUCGUUUUAUCGAAGAAUGUCUACUCUCUUAUCAACUACAUUCAAGUCACAUACUUUCUGGCAAUCGGAGCCGCCAUAGCUGCCCUGUUCUAUUUACGGAAAACAAUGCCGAAUGCCGAAAGGCCCAUCAAGGUCUCCUUGAUAUGGCCAACGAUCUUCAUGGCUGGUUGCGCAGCUUUAGUGAUAAUACCGAUUAUGGCUGCUCCGAAAGAUACUGCGAUCGGUUUAAUGAUUAUGCUGACCGCCGUGCCUGUCUACCUCAUUUUUAUCGCAUGGAAAAACAAGCCCAAAUGUGUAGACUCUUUGAUUGGUUCGUUGAUUAUUAUUUGUUUCUAA